AUGAGUUUUGUUUCUACAAAAGAGAUAGGCCCUGGUGGAAUCAUUUUAAUUUCAACCUUGACACCUAUUGGAUUGUUUUUGGUAUUAUUCUUAUGCGCUUAUAAAGUUUUUAGUAAUGAAGGUGAUAGAAAUGACUAUAGGUUGCUAAAUGGAGACAUUAUUGAAGAUUCGGCAGUACCCCAUGAAUUUCUAAAUGACGAGGAAUCGUUAUUGCAUUUAGCGGACGAAUUUGAUUUUACAAGCUUACCACCAGAGGAGCAGUCGGCUUAUCUCAAGGGUGAAGAAUUCGUCAAAAAUAAUCCUCCUAACUUUCAAAAUAUUCGAGGCAAGUCAUUUACUCAUGAAGAUGAUCUUUCUAUUAGAGAGAGAGGCAUUGGUGCAUUCGAAUUUGAACAAGAACAGGACAUUUUGCAUUCGAGAUAUAUCGUCGCAGAUAAAACUGAGGUAAUAUUUCAAAACAAUGAUGCUCCCUACUCUACUGCUACUGCUGUUUUAAAUCUUGCAUUACCUGUGAAAAAUAGACCACACUCAGAUACUGUUUAUUUUGAAACUAAAGUGUUUGAAUAUCCUAAUGAUAACCCUAAUGGUCAUUUUUCAAUAGGAUUAGUAACAAAGCCAUACCCUUCUCAUUUUCGGUUACCUGGUUAUAAUACUUUCUCAAUAGGCUAUGAAUCAACUGGAAACUUGAAGAUCAAUAAGCCAUUUCCCGCCCCACUGCAGCAGCAUCAAGGUGAGCAGAGUCAGUAUAACGCUUUUGUGUUGCCUCCGCUUCAACAAGGGGAUGUUGUCGGGUUUGGUUAUGUUAUACCGACUGGAACAAUUUUCAUAACCAGAAAUGGUAGGAAAUUGAUGGAUGUUAUGAAAUCCUGCUUUAUAGAUUUAUACCCAGCUGUCGGGUGUUUUCUGACGAAUGCUAAAUUUCAGGUAAAUAUAGGGCAACUUGGGUUUGUUUGGAUUGAAGCAAAUGUGAGAAAAUACGGUUUCAUCUCAACAAGCGAUUAUAAAAAAAUUGUGGGGGACAGAGGUUUGGCGUCAUUACCAGAAUACACUAAUGUACUUAAGAAUGAUUCUGAUAAGGUUUUGGAGAAAGGAGAAGAGCUUCCACCUAGGUACCCGGAAGAUGAAAUUGAUUUCUUUGGAGGAACUACUAAAAUAGGCUCUUCAACUUUAGAGGCUCCUAAAGGUGAAAAAUACAAUAAGGAAACGAAAGUCGUCGGAAGCUCAUCACAAGUUACUGACGACCCCGAAGAAAUCAUGGACAUGAGAGAAAGAUUAUACGAGCAAAACAUCACGAAUGACAAGAAUGCCUACGAAUCCGCUCCGCUUUUAUAUUCUGACUCAGUUGAUUACGAAACGACUUUAGAUGAAUCCGAUAAUCGACAGUACGACUCGAUGGAGACAAAUGAGUCUACUGUUCCACAAAGACCUAAAGCUACGCAGGAUGUGGCAGCACCGGAUGUUCAUUCUCUUGAUGGUUCAAAUGAAAAUCUAGAUUCCAACAAGGUGGAGCCCAUCGAAGCUAAUUCCUCCAGUGAGGCCCGAAGCUCACUGAAAUCAGGUAGUUCGGAUCGGAACACUAGCCAUGGAAAAGCUAAUAAGAAAAAUAAAGGUAAAAAAGGCAAGAAGAAGUCAAAAAGAAAAUAA